ACAGGUUAAUCUGCAAAAAAAGACCAUUUAUAAAUCAAUAAAAAAAUGGACGGAAAUAUUAACGGAUUGUCGGGCAGGUAAAAACUCUAUAUUACAAGAUCAAACCGCUUAUAUCAGGGUUGACUUGAAACACAUCCAAAUUCUUCCUUCAAAUGAAUUUAUCAACUCAACAAGAGAGAACAAGCUUGUAUUUUUGUUUCGUUAUACAUCUCAUUUGAUUUCAAUCAGCUUGAAUAACAUGGAAUACGAGAUUACUAUUCCAUUGAAUCAAAUUGUUGAAAUGAAGAUCACAAAGGAACAAGAAAUUGCUAUAGAGCUCAAACAAAAUUUCAAAAAAUCGGUACAGUUGCUAAAAUACUAUCAUUACUCUAAAGGGAAUGGAAAUCUUCCAAUAAUAACAAUAUCUUCGGACCCGACCAACGGAAAACUAAAUGAUGCAGCUUACAUUCUUUUUAAACCAAUGCAUUGGGUGGAGAACAAUACCCUUUUGAUGGUUGAAGCAGGAAUUCAAAGAUUACGGUUUAAUUUGGUUAGAGGAAAUGAUGAUGGAUUUCCGGGAAGUAGUAGUUUGAGGGUAAAGCAAGAUGUACUUGUCAAUUCAAGUGGAAGUUUGGCGGAAUCGCAAGCACAGCCACAAGUUUCGCAGCCACAAGUUAUGGAUAUGGAUCUACUUUCUUUCGCCGAAGAUGAGCCAGGAGUACUUUAUACGGAAGUAAAUAACGACACCAUGGUUCAUGAUAAUGAGGUCACUGAGCUUUAUAUCACAUGCGUAUUUUUAACUGAAAGGCGUGCGAUACUUUUUUCUCAAGAAGGAUCUUUUAAUCAGUUCGUCGAAUAUGUUCGACAACGUUUUGGGUCAUCAUUUAAUAAUGUUUCUUAUAAAAACAAAGUGGACGAAAUGAUUUCUCUUAAAGAUGAAGAAGAUUGGGAUGUCGCGAAAUGGGAAGCAGAGAUGGAAGGCACAAUAAGACUAAAUGUCUAUAUGGGGUGA